CAGAAUUCCUUUUCUCUCUCUAUAUCUCAAACACUCAUCUUUUAUAAGAUGCCGCCAAGAUCACCCGAGUUACUACCCAACUCAGUCACAAGAUUGAAGUAUGUUAAAUUAGUCUAUCAAUACCUAGUAAACAACAUAUUCCCUUUGCUCCUCAUCCCGAUAAUGUCUACAAUCAUCGUUCAUCUCUUCAACUUAGGACCCGACAAGAUAAUCCAGACAUGGGAUUCUCUCCAUUUUAACCUAAUUCAACUACUCUCUUCUUUCUUCAUACUAAUCUUCAUCUCCACCAUCUACUACAUGUCCAAACCUCGUUCAAUCUACCUAGUAGAUUACGCCUGCUACAAACCUCCCACCACUUGUCGUGUACCAUUCGCCGCUUUCAUGGAACAUUCUCGACUCAUCCUUAAAGACAGUCCCAAAUCAGUAGAUUUCCAGAUGCGGAUACUCGAACGGUCGGGUUUAGGUGAAGAGACAUGUUUACCACCAGCGAUUCAUUAUAUCCCACCUAAACCCACCAUGGAGAAUUCCCGUGGAGAAGCGCAAGAGGUGAUUUUCUCGGCGAUUGAUUCUUUGAUGAAGAAAACCGGGGUUAAGGCUAAGGAAAUCGAUGUGUUAAUCGUGAAUUGUAGUUUGUUCUCGCCUACGCCGUCGCUUUCGGCUAUGGUUGUGAAUAAGUAUAAGUUGAGGAGUAAUGUUAAGAGCUUUAAUUUGUCCGGUAUGGGAUGUAGCGCCGGGCUUAUUGCUGUUGAUUUGGCUCGCGAUCUUCUCCAGCUUUAUCCGAAUUCAAACGCGCUUAUAGUUAGUACUGAGAUUAUCACUCCAAACUAUUACCAGGGGAAGGAACGUGCCAUGCUUCUUCCCAAUUGUCUGUUUCGCAUGGGUGGCGCCGCCGUGCUUCUUUCGAACAAACGCCGGUACCGUACUCAGGCGAAGUACCGUUUGGUUCGUGUCGUUCGAACUCAUAUGGGUGGGAAUGACAAGGCUUAUAAAUGCGUUUUUGAGGAAGAAGAUGAACAGGGGAAAGUUGGAAUUAGACUUGAUAAAGAUCUGAUGAUGAUUGCCGCUGAAUCCCUCAAAUCAAACAUUACAACAUUAGGGCCGUUGGUACUUCCAGCGUCGGAGCAGCUCCUGUUCUUGUUCAGUCUAAUCGGCCGGAAAAUCUUUAACCUGAAAUGGAAGCCUUACAUUCCUGAUUUCAAACAGGCGUUUGAACAUUUCUGUAUUCAUGCUGGAGGUAGGGCAGUGAUUGAUGAGUUGCAGAAGAGUCUACAAUUGUCGGCGGAACAUGUGGAAGCGUCGAGAAUGGCGCUUCAUAGAUUUGGUAAUACAUCGUCUUCUUCGUUGUGGUAUGAGCUAAGUUAUAUUGAAUCUAAAGGGAGGAUGAAGAAAGGAAAUAGGGUAUGGCAGAUUGCGUUUGGAAGUGGGUUUAAAUGUAACAGCGCUGUUUGGAAAUGUAAUCGGACGGUCAAAGUUCCGACCGACGGAGCUUGGUAUGACUGCAUCGACCGGUACCCAGUACACAUUCCAGAUGUCGUCAAGCUUUGAAAAUCUCUUUUUCUCUAUAAA